UUUGAUCGAACACGAGAACGACAAAAUACUUUGUUGAAACAGUAUUCAGUAAUUUACUUAACAAAGGAGCAGGUUUUUGAUGAAGUUACGAUCUCGUGCUUUGUCUGUGGGACGGCUUCUUAUUCUGUCCACACCGACCCCUCGGUUCGGUUCGGACCUGUUUUGGAUUCCGUGUGGCUGAGAUGGAUCCCAGCUGUCAGUACUGGAUGUCAGGUCUACCCGAGGAGCUGUGGGACAUUCCCAUCACCAACCUGACUAUACCUGGGAGCCACGAUGCCAUGAGUUACUGUCUGGACAUCACUUCCCCUCUGGUGAGGUCAGAGUCGGACACUUUCAGGCUCCUGGAUAAAUUUUUCUACUGCUUUACAAGGCCUGCAAUUUUUAGAUGGGCUACAACACAGGACAAAAGUAUAGCGGAUCAGCUUUCUCUGGGCAUUCGGUACUUUGAUUUCCGCAUCGCACACAAACCCAAUGACGCGACCACCGAUCUGUAUUUCACACAUGUCCUGUACACACAUUUAACAGUUUUGGUAAGAAACACUGGGUCUGUUGCCACAUGGUUGGAGUCUCACCCAAAGGAGAUAGUUAUCCUUGCUUGCAGCCAUUUUGAGGGGAUGGAUGACCUACUUCACAAAUCCUUAAUUGUGUCCAUUAUAAAGGUGUUUGGCUCAAAGCUUUGCCCCAGAAAGGAGUCACUCCUCACCUUGAGGAGCCUUUGGGCAUCUGGUUACCAGGUCUUGUUGUCCUACGACUCUGAGGCGGCGACUCCACAUCAGGAGCUGUGGCCAGCCAUCCCUUACUGGUGGGCCAACAAGCAAACAGCACAGGGCGUGAUCAGCUACCUGGACUGGCAAAAAGAUCUGGGACGUCCAGAGGGCUUUUUGUCUCGGUUUGAACCUGAUGCUAAAGACGGUACAUUACCCUGAAUCCAAAGCAAUCCCUGCGGACCCUGACAUACAGUAACUGGGCAUGUUUGCAGAAUGGCUGGAGGAUCAGACACCGGACCAGGCUCCCAAUGCCUCAACAUUGCAGGAGAUUUUGAGGGGCCCAUUCCUUUAUGUCGACUGUAUAGCAUGAACAAAAAACUUCUACAUAACAGUCAGACUGAAAAGAAUUAAGGAAUUUAUUGGCUUCACAGACACUGUACAUUUCUUGCACUGGUUCGAUCCCCUACCUUUACAUCACAGCUCGAACAGGCCCUGUUAUUUACAUACAUUAGAAACACGCUGGUGUUAUAGUAUCCUGAACAGUUUCUUGUAGCGUCCGUAAGCAGCGGUGUGAUGAUGACACGGAGACGGCUGAGCUAUCCUCUGCCAUCACUUGCACGUCCUGAACGGUCCCUCCUUGUACAGCCAGCUGCAGGCACAAUGAAAUGAGUGCACGCAC